AAUAUUGUUGUCCAUUCUUGAACUUGUUACUCAAAUUUGCACAAUGUAUAUUAUUUUGGCUAUUAUUGGAGGAAAAGGGGACAAUAAUAAGCAUUAUGUCCUCCAGCUAAACACAAAUAUCACUCGUACCUUUAACAUUGGACUUGUAUGAUCCCCUCUGUGUAGUCCUGAGACUUUGGACCUUGGCUCGCACCUCACCACCCACACACAGCACCUGAUCCCAGACCUGUUGGAGGAUGUUGUGGAUGGAGAGCCUGGCUGUGUUCUCACCUGCUCCACGUAUCCUGGACUAGCUGGGGAGCCUAGCCAACAGGAGGAGGAGAAUCCUGGACCAGCUGGGGAGCCUAGCCAACAGGAGGAGGAGAAUCCUGUACCAGCUGAGGAGCCUAGCCAACAGGAGGAGGAGGAUGCUGGACCAGCUGAGGAGCCUAGUCAACAGAAGGAGGAGAAUCCUGGACCAGCUGGGGAGCCUAGCCAACAUGAGGAGGAGAAUCCUGGACCAGCUGAGGAGCCUAGCCAACAGGAGGAGGAGGAUCCUGGACCAGCUGAGGAGACUAGCCAACAGGAGGAGGAGGAUCCUGGACCAGCUGAGGAGCCUAACCAACAGGAGGAGAAUCCUGGACCAGCUGAGGAGCCUAGCCAACAGGAGGAGGAGAAUCCUGGACCAGCUGGGGAGCCUAGCCAACAGGAGGAGGAGGAUUUUGGACCAGCUGAGGAGCCUAACCAACAGGAGGAGAAUCCUGGACCAGCUGAGGAGCCUAGCCAACAGGAGGAGGAGAAUCCUGGACCAGCUGGGGAGCCUAGCCAACAGGAGGAGGAGAAUCCUGGACCAGCUGGCGAGCCUAGCCAACAUGAGGAGGAGAAUCCUGGAUGUCCCAGGGGAAGGACAAGGUCACAACAGGAGAAAGACCCAGCUACCUCCUCCAGCAUAAAGGAGGAAGAGGACGAAGAGAAGGAGAGGGGCACAACCCCUUUAGCCGUCUGUGGACUCAUGGACCACAGUAAAGAAGACUAUUACCAGGAUCAUGACCCCUCCAGCUCUGAGCGCGUCAGGUGUGUGGCAGUGAGCUGGCAGGCUCAGGACACCCAGAACCAAGACCAGCACAAAAACAGCAUGACCCGAUUACAGAUGGCCGAUGGAAUAAACCUGUCUGACUCUGAAAAGAGCCCCUCCCUCAAGCAGCAAGCUCUGGAGGCUGAGCUGUGCCCCUCGCCACCCGGAACCCCUCAGGAGGACCUGGAUCACCCCCCUUGUACCAAGGACUACCAGAGCCUAACCCCAUCUCUCCACUCCCUCCCAAAACAGGAACAGGACAUCAUCAGUACUUCACUGACAGAAGCUAGUCCGGUCCAGAGGCCCCCCGUGUCUCUCUCUGAGGGCAGUAGCAGUGAAUGUCUGAAGACCCCUAGUCCCAGUCCUCUCCUUCAGCGCCUUGCAGUGGGUGACUGUCCCGUACCGUCCCCCCGCAGCCACAACCUCAGCUUGGGCCAUCGCUUCAACACGGACCCUGAAACGGCCCCCUCCCCACCCUGCUCACAACACAUCAGGAUGGCUCACUACACAGUGAGGACUGAACCAGCAGAGGGCGCAAACAAGGCCCCAUCGGUCACGACGCUCAACAGACACAUCCAGAACGUGAGGAAGAGGAUCAGACGCUUCGAGGAGCACUUUGAGCAAGAGAGACAGUACAGGCCAGCACACAAUGAUAGGACUGCCCAUCAUGAGGUGUCUAGACUGAUGCGGGACCUCACCAAGUCUCGAAAGCAGCUCAAAGAGCUGAAGCUGAAACAGUGUGCAGAGGGGCUCAGAGAGCAGCAGAAAGGGGGAAACACAGGGACAUGCAGGUCCACAAGUGAACCCAAGGGGGCGAUGGAACACUACCACAACAGUAACAACAAACCCUCACUGGAGGAGACCAUUGAUAGCCUGAUGAAGAGACUGAUGGAGAAACGAGAGGAGGAGGGACUGCCUGAUAACAUCAAGGAGAUGACUCCAGCUCAGAUGGCUGUGGAGAAGGUCACCCUGCAGAAGUGUCUGCUCUACUUUGAGAGCCUGUAUGGGCGACCGAGCACCAGACAGGAGAAGACUCUGAUGAAGCCCUUCUAUGAUCGCUACCGCCAGGUCAAACAGCAGCUCCUGUGUUCACCCACCACCAUCCCCGUCAUCACCACCAUAGAGGAAGAGGAGGGUUCUGAUGAAGAGUGUGUGAAGGACAGCACCUGGCUACCUCAUACAGCACUGCGUUGUGUGUCUUCAGAUGAGUCACUGCGUCUGCCGCAUAGUGAAGUGGCCAAUAUGCCCCUGGUGUCACCUCUGGAGGAGAUCAAAGGUCUACAGCCGCCCAGUGUCACCACUGCAACACUGCACGAGGCAUCAAGGUCAGAGUUACUGGAGCAGCUGAGGGUGACGCGAGCUGAGAAGAAGAGACUCCGUUCAGCUCUCCGAGUCUUUGAGGACCACUUCUACACACAGACCGGCCGGGCUGCCCAGAAAGAGGACCGUGGGCCCAUGGCAGAGGAGUACUGCGAGUACAAGAACUUAAAAGCUAAACUCCGUUUGCUGGAAGUCCUGCUCAGUAAACGGGAUAGUCCGAAGACUGUUUGAGCCUCCUUCACAGUGGGACUUUUAUUUUGAAACAGGUUUUUUUUGCUCACUUUAUUGGAUUUUUUUUUUCCCAGAACAAAUUUCAAAGUGAGAUAGCGGUACUUCUGGUAAUGUUUCAUGCGAUGCUUACAUGGUGAUGCACUUUAAAUGACUUUGAUGUUGACUGACUCUCACUUUGGUUAAGAGUGAUGGCAAGAGUGCCACAAGAAUUGCUGGGCCACAUCCAGCUAUUUUUAGUCCCUUAACAAGUCCUUUGUUAUUCAUGACAAAUUAUACUUUUUGUAUGCUACUAAUGUAAUUAUAAUAUUUUAUGAAACUGAUGUAGCGAGUGUAACACUUUCAUUUUAAGGAAAAAAAGAGAACAAAUAUAUAUCACAGUUGAUGUUAGAUAAAUGUUAUUUUAUGCUAUUCUAAGCUAUUUUAUGGCACUUUAUUGUUACUUGCAUUUUGUUCUUGCCAAACUAAUGUCGAUAUAACAGGUACGUAACGUGGUCUACUACGUUAAAAUGCUGCUCUUUGAAAAGUGCAAUCUUGGCACGGGGGAUAUGUCAUCCGAAUACACAAUCCGACGAUCCUGUAGAAUGUUUGUGCAUGUCAAUCAGUUUUUAGUCCCACAUUGUACUAUGAUAUGUAAUAGUUCAUAGUUGAUAUGAUGAAUUGUGGAAAUUCAAGUUAUACAUUACCUUGGAAAAAAACUAACUUGUGAAUGUUGGCAUAGUGCAAGUUACUCAAAUCUGUGUUGUUUUCUCCUGGUUGUGUUUAUCAUCCAAAAAUGUCAUUCUUUACUAGGAUCAGAGCUCUUGACAUUGUGCACUUCUGGUUUAUAUGUGUAUA